AGCAUUACAACCCAUUCAAAGUAAAGCUUUAAACAAAGAGAGGCCGGUGAGACAUGGCAACUUUUGAAGGAAUACAUUGUGUUCUCAAUCAUGUUCUCUUUCACAUAUUGUUAGUAUUGAUGUUCUUGCUUUCAUGUAAAAUCACAGCUUCUCCAACAACAAAAGCUGAAGUCCUUGUGAAAUGGAAAAACAGCCUACUAUACACUCCUUUUCUCAAUUCAUGGUCCCUCUCCAAUAUUCACAACCUUUGCAGUACUUGGGAUGCCGUUGUUUGCGACAAAACAACAAACACAACUGUCUCAGAGAUAUACCUUUCUGGUUUCAAUCUCAGUGGCACCCUUCAUGGCUUCGAUUUUGCUUCCCUACCAAACCUCACUCACCUUGACCUCAACUAUAACAGCUUUAUUGGGUCAAUACCACCUCAAAUUGGCAGCCUCUCCAAACUCAUUUUCUUGGACUUUGGAAGCAACAACUUUUCAGGGACAGUGCCUUAUGAGAUAGGACAUUUAAGGGAACUCCAAUAUCUCAGCUUCUACAACAACAGUUUCAAUGGUGCUAUUCCCUAUCAGCUCACCAGUCUCCCAAAGGUAUGGUACCUUGACUUUGGAUUAAACUACUUUGCAUCUCCUCCUCACUGGUCUGACUAUUCAUGCAUGCCUUCCUUAACACACCUUGACUUGUCUUACAAUUCAUUCACUCCCGAAUUCCCAAGUUUCAUACUCAAGUGCCACAACUUGUCGUUCCUAGACCUCUCUCUGAACUAUUUUAAUGGCACAAUACCAGAAUCAUUGUAUACCAAUUUGGCCAAGCUUCAAUACCUGAACCUCACAGGUUGUGGGAUGGAAGGACCAUUGUCGUCCAACUUGUCCAAGCUCUCAAACCUCAAAGAGCUUGGUAUGGGUGACAACAACUUCACUGGUCCUAUUCCCAUGGAAAUAGGAUUCAUAGCUGGGCUUCAAAUUCUUGAUUUGCGUAACAUUUCAGCCCGCGGGGAAAUUCCAUCAUCCCUAGACCAACUCAUGCAGUUAAGACAUCUUGAUCUGGGAGGGAAUUUUUUAAACUCUUCAAUUCCUUUGGAACUAGGCUCAUGCAUUCAUCUAACCUGCCUUGAUUUAUCAGGCAAUAAUCUAUCAGGUCCUUUGCCUUUCUCAUUAUCUAACUUGACCAAGCUCUCUGAAUUGGGAUUAUCAUAUAAUUCCAUUUCUGGUCAACUCUCUGCCUCACUAAUUUCUAAUUGGACUGAGUUGAUAAGUCUGCAACUCCAACAAAACUUGUUGACAGGAAAGGUCCCUCCAGAAAUUGGUCUGUUCAAGAAAAUCCAGUACCUCUUUUUGUACAGCAAUGAAUUUUCUGGUCCCAUUCCUAAAGAGAUUGGAAGCAUGAGGGAAAUGAUAAGUUUAGACUUUUCUGAAAACAACUUCUCUGGUACAAUUCCCUCAACAAUUUUGAAUCUUACAAACAUUGAAUUGAUAGAUCUUUUCAUGAAUGAGAUCACUGGAACCAUUCCCAGAGAAAUAGGAAACCUCAAGUCACUGUUCUACUUUGAUGUGGAGAAAAAUAAUUUGGAGGGAGAGUUGCCGAACAGCAUAGCUCAACUAACUGGUUUAAAAUACUUUUCUGUGUUCUCCAAUAACUUGUCAGGCAGCAUCUUCAGCUUUUCCAGAUUGGCUAAUCUCAUCUUCCUUGAUUUAUCCAAGAAUAACUUGAGUGGACGCAUUCCAAUUGACUGUGAAACAUUCAAUACAAGCUCUCUUAAAAUUCUCAACUUGUCUCACAACAACCUGGCAGGAAUAAUUCCACAAUGUUUGGGAACCUUACCCUCUCUGACAGUUUUGGACUUGCAUAUGAACAACCUUUGUGGAACCUUACCAAGAAUCUUCCCUAAAGGUAAUGUCUUAGAUACUAUAAAACUGAAUGGCAACUUCUUGGAGGGAGCAUUACCCAAAUCCCUGGCCCACUGCACAAAACUACAAGUUCUGGACGUUGGAGAAAAUAGCAUAGAGGACACAUUUCCUAGUUGGCUAGGAUUGCUUCAAGAGCUACAGGUACUCAUUUUACGAGCAAAUAAAUUUUAUGGUACCUUCAGCAACUCCUCCAACAUUAGAGAUGCACAUGCAUUUCCAAAGUUGAGAGUUUUUGAUGUCUCCAACAACUAUUUUAGUGGGUCCUUGCCAAUAUCAUUCUUGAAGAACUUUCAAGGAAUGAUGAAUGUCAAUUACACUCAAACUGGGUUGCAAUAUAUGAGUGCCAAUUCUUCCGGCUAUCGAUCAUAUUUUGCUUCAAUAGUGGUCAACAUGAAAGAUCAGCCGGUGGAACUAGUGAAAAUAUUGAUGACUUUUACAACCAUAGACUUGUCAAAUAACUUACUUGAGGGCGAAAUUCCACAAAUAAUUGGAGAAAUAGAUUCUCUCAAAGGGCUCAAUCUCUCACAUAAUAGAAUCAGUGGCACUAUUCCACAAACUUUGGGUAACUUGAGAAAUUUGGAAUGGCUGGACCUCUCAUGGAAUCAGAUUAGAGGUGAGAUUCCUUUGGCCUUGACAAAUUUGAAUUUUCUGUCGGUCUUAAAUGUUUCACAAAAUCAAUUAGAGGGAGCUAUACCUACAGGUGGCCAAUUCAACACAUUCCAAAAUGAUUCAUAUGGAGGAAAUGAAAUGCUGUGUGGAUUUCCUUUGUCAAAAUCAUGCAGUGGCAAUGAGGACAAUGAACGUACCUCAUCAUCUUUGACAUUUGAGGAUGAAGAAACAUUUGGAUUUGGCUGGAAACCUGUUGCAGUGGGAUAUGCAUGUGGAGUGGUGGUUGGAGUGCUCUUAGGAUGUUACUUUUUUUACACUGGAAACCCACAAUGGCUUGCAAGAUUUUUAGGUAUCCGUAUAUCAAAUAAGAGCGUGAGAAAGAAAAAUAAAAGAAAAAACAGAGUGCAUGCAAGAUCAUAGAAGCAUGAAUUAGCAUAAUUAUUUUAUUUUCCUUUUUAUUAACGUGUCUGUAAAAUAAAGCCUGAUGAAGACUAAUAUCUAUGUGUUUAAAUCUGUUGGGGAAAUAAUAAAACAUAUUCAUUACCACUUUA